CUCGCUGCGACUUUAGCCCGACUGCAAAAACAUGUUUACGGGUUAUCCGCAAUGGAGAACCCGACUGAGUUACUGAACGUUUGCUCCUAAAUGUGGCGACGUUUAAGUGAAAUGGGUGAAGACAGCACUCUAUUUCACAACGACGCUGGCAGCUAAAGUAGAGGUGGGCAGGAUGGCGGAGCGGGCCGUCAGCGGCUCUGUGGCUGCGAUCUCUCCAGUGCAGCAGAUGCUGGCCUCUGGCACUGGAGCCCUCCUCACAUCUAUUUUUGUCACACCGCUGGACGUUGUGAAGAUCAGGCUGCAGGCUCAGCAAACACCGUUUCACCAAGCUUUAGCCUGUGAAUCAGCUCCAUGGGGUGGCGUCAUCCGCCCGUCCAAGUGGAAAUGUUUCCUGUAUUGUAAUGGACUGAUGGAUCACAUCUAUGUGUGUCAGAAUGGAACCAGUUGCACCAGCUGGUACAAAACACCAACACAUUUCAGCGGGACGCUUGAUGCGUUUGUGAAAAUCACUCGUCAUGAAGGACUCAGGUCUUUGUGGAGUGGACUACCACCAACACUGGUCAUGGCUGUACCUGCCACUGUCAUCUACUUCACCUGCUAUGACCAGCUGCGGGACUUCCUGAGAUACGGUCUGGGCUUCCAGGGCAGCCACAUCCCUCUUGUUGCUGGAGGUCUGGCCAGAUUGGGGGCUGUGACGGUGAUCAGCCCUCUGGAGCUGGUCAGGACCAAGAUGCAGUCCCGCCGGCUGUCCUACAGCGAGCUGCGGGUGUGUAUCCGCUCUGCUGUGGCUCAGGGCGGGCUGCUGUCGCUGUGGAGGGGCUGGGGACCCACAGUCCUCCGAGAUGUACCUUUCUCUGCACUGUACUGGUUUAACUAUGAACUGGUGAAGGCCCAGCUGUGUGAACAGUCCCGAGUGACUCAGGCCAACUUCUCUAUCAGCUUCACUGCAGGAGCCGUCUCUGGAGCUAUUGCUGCCAUCUUGACGCUGCCUUUUGACGUGGUGAAGACGCGGAGACAGAUCCAGCUGGGAGAAAUGGACACUCUCGGAGUUUCCUUCAAAAAGACCACAUCCACAUGGCACAUAAUGAAGGAAAUAUGUACAGAGAUGGGCUACAGGGGUCUUUUUGCAGGUUUCAUGCCAAGGGUGAUCAAAGUGGCCCCAGCUUGUGCUGUCAUGAUAAGCACAUACGAGUUUGGAAAGACCUUCUUCCAAAAGAUGAACCUCGAUCGAGAGCGACAGAUCCUGAGGGCUGUCUGAGGGGUGCUGGGUGAUUGUUCGCAGCCGCACACGCAGACAUAAAUAUCAGGACAUUUGGGACAAAGUCUCCUCAAACAGAAGCUUGAGGAACAGGCGGGUUGGAUGGGUUUUGUGUGACGAUUCAAUCACAUUUCAGGGAUGUCUCUCCGGAACAAAGACUUGAGACACACUUUACAUUCAUGAACACAAUCAUGAGCAUGAACAACGAGCCUCGAGACUUAAAAUGGUUCUUGGACGACAGACUUUAUGUGUGAUGAUUAUUUGAGGAAUCCCAAGGUAUCAUGAAAUAAGAGAAAUGUUUUUCUAAUUCUUAAGUGAAGAGAUAAAUUCCACAAAUCACACCUUUUUAAAGUAAUGGUGAGUCUGUGCAGGACAGUGGUGUGCAGUGUGGGAAAACAUAAAGCCUCUUAAGGGCAGAAACUUCAUCAGCACAGUUGCAUGAGUCAGGGGAAAAUGUUCUCAUUCCUACAUUUUGCAUUGCCUGAGACCAACUGCAUGAUGUGUACAGCUUCAUUCAAAACAGAAUCCAGAUACGCUGAAACACCGUGCAUCAGCUUUACUGCAUCGCCCUGCGUUCCUGUAGCAGUGAAGCAUGACACUUACUGACCCAGAUGACUGACACAUCUAUUUUGGGUACUUAAUAGAUUUGAUCAUUUGUAGCACUUUACAUUUCCAAGACACAAGCUGUGAAAUGAAAUCAGAAAAAUAAGUACAUGUUUUAUCUUUGCUGAAUGGAAGCUUCUUCUUGUUCUCAUAAGUGGAAGAAAGCUGCAGUAUACGCAAGAUGAGUCUCGAUGGCAAAAUUAAGGCGAGCCUUUUACGAGGUGUGUGCAUGAAUCAAGCAUUUUAAGAUAUGAUUAUUAUAGAGGAAUUCAUGGACAAUUUUCUGUAAAAACUGCUGCAGCGAGCUUCCUAAUAAAACACAUUCUCUUAAAGUGCACCAACACUUUUUGCAUUUUAAAGAAAACAAGGCUCCCACUUUUCCCCGCUGGUGGCAUUCUGGUGAUGAAAAUCUCUGAAUGAAAUUCAGAUAUAAACAAACAAAACAUCAAAACUGGUAACAACACUGGAUCAUAGCACAAAUAUAUUGUUGCCUUAUCCUGAAACGUGUAAAUGUGUGUCAUCUGUUUUUUUGUCAUUUUUUUUAAUGAAUGAAAUGUUAAUAAAUUUUAAGACAGCUUGA